GGAAAACGCAAUAUUUGAGACAACACCUCAAUAUGAAACGAGGAUCCAGGGUCCUAGAUUUCCUCCAGGGGCUGUCGGCAGUUAUGAACUUUUCGACCGGAAAAGAUUCGCAAUAGUCGUGAGUAUAAGAACCUCGUACCUGCUCACACUGAUGUCAAUUUGCUCAUCAUUCCACACUCAUUCAAAAUCUUACCAACAACACUCCUUCUGUCAUUCUUUUCUAUUGUUAACAAUUAAUCAUGCACUCGAUUGCUUCUCUUCUCGCCUACGGCCUGGUCGCCGGCGCCACCUUCGCUUCUGCCUCUCCUAUCGAAGCUCGAGACAGCUGCACGUUCACCACCGCUGCCGCUGCUAAAGCGGGCAAGGCGAAAUGCUCUACUAUCACCCUUAACAACAUCGAAGUUCCAGCUGGAACCACCCUCGACCUGACCGGUCUCACCAGCGGUACCAAGGUCAUCUUCGAGGGCACCACGACCUUCCAGUACGAAGAAUGGGCGGGCCCCUUGAUCUCCAUGAGUGGCGAACAUAUCACCGUCACUGGUGCCUCCGGCCACCUCAUCAAUUGCGAUGGUGCGCGCUGGUGGGAUGGCAAGGGAACCAGCGGAAAGAAGAAGCCCAAGUUCUUUUACGCCCAUGGCCUUGACUCCUCGUCUAUUACUGGAUUAAACAUCAAAAACACCCCCCUUAUGGCGUUUAGUGUCCAGGCGAAUGACAUUACGUUCACCGAUGUUACCAUCAAUAAUGCGGAUGGCGACACCCAGGGUGGACACAACACUGAUGCGUUCGAUGUUGGUAACUCGGUCGGAGUGAAUAUCAUUAAGCCUUGGGUCCAUAACCAGGAUGACUGUCUUGCGGUUAACUCUGGCGAGAACAUCUGGUUCACCGGCGGCACCUGCAUUGGCGGCCACGGUCUCUCCAUCGGCUCUGUCGGCGACCGCUCCAACAACGUCGUCAAGAACGUCACCAUCGAACACUCCACCGUGAGCAAUUCCGAAAACGCCGUCCGAAUCAAGACCAUCUCUGGCGCCACUGGCUCCGUGUCCGAGAUUACGUACUCCAACAUCGUCAUGUCCGGCAUCUCCGAUUACGGCGUCGUUAUCCAGCAGGAUUACGAAGACGGCAAGCCUACGGGUAAGCCGACGAACGGUGUCACUAUUCAGGAUGUCAAGCUGGAGAGCGUGACUGGUAGCGUGGAUAGUAAGGCUACUGAGAUCUAUCUUCUUUGCGGGUCUGGUAGCUGCUCGGACUGGACCUGGGACGAUGUGAAGGUUACCGGGGGGAAGAAGUCCACCGCUUGCAAGAACUUCCCUUCGGUGGCCUCUUGCUAGGCUGCUAGGUUGGUGAGUUGUAGCCCUAGCUGAAAUUCGUCUGCUUUGUCUACAUUGUCUACUUCAUCUGCUUCGUCUACUUGGUCCACUUCGUCUACUUCGACUGGUUAGAUGGGCCUUGUAAUAGUUUUUAGAGAAAACAGAUUAUGUACAGUAAGCCUUAGAGGUGGUACCGAGGUG